AUGCUGUCUGGAAAGAGGAAGCAAGGGUUUUCAGGCCUUCAGCGCCGUGUGAGGCCUCGUAGAGAAGCAGAACCUGAAGUCGAUGAGCAGACGAGCAGUGAGCCGGAGGAGAUGAGAAUGGAUGGAGAAGAGUUGAGUGAAGACGAAGAGGAUGAAGAUAUGGAAGAGGACGACGAAGAGGUAUUUACUUCGAGCCGUAAAACUACUGCAAUCGUUACUGACAGCUCAAAGUCCGAUGCCUCACCACCGCCAAAGAAGUCCAACAUCGACAUUUCAUCAGUGUCUUUUGGCGCCCUCGCAAAAGCCCAGGCCUCAAUGCCGUCAGCCAAACGUCGCAAGCGCGGCGCAUCACCUUCAGAAGACGAAGACUCAGACUCGGGUCCGGAAGAAGUCGGCAGGAAACCCAAGCAUGGCGACCACGUCAAGCGCUCAAGCAAGCACGCCCCGAUGGAGCAGUCAAGCAAGAAGCCCGUCUCCCGCCGUCGCGAAAUCAUCGCCGUGCCCAAGAUGGAGGUGCGCGACCCCCGCUUCGACCCGAUGAGCGGGCCCGUCGACGAGUCCAAGGCCCGGAGGGCGUACGCCUUCCUGGACGACUACCGCAAGGACGAGAUGAAGCAGCUGCGGGCCGAGAUCAAGAAGACCAAGGACGCGGACAAGAAGGAGGAGAUGAAGAGGAUGCUGCUGUCGAUGGAGAGCAAGAUGAAGGCGCGGGAGCGCAAGCAGCGCGCGGACGACGUCAUUCAGGAGCACAAACGCAAGGAGAAGGAGCUCGUCAAGGAGGGCAAGCAGCCGUUCUACCUCAAGAAGUCGGAGCAGAAGAAGAGGUUCUUGAUGGACCAGUUUGCGGGCAUGAAGAAGAAACAGGUCGACCGUACAAUUGAGCGGAAGAGGAAGAAGGUUGUUGGAAGGGAGCGGAAGGAGCUCGACAAGAUGCAGAGGAGACCCAGGGAAUGA